UUCUUCAAAAAGUACCCUCUUGUCCCAAGGAUCACUGUAGUAGGUCUUUCACUACCAUUCCUACAGUGGUUGCAAGAUACCGUUUCUUCCUCACUCUCCAUGUACCAUGCCAGUGACAUCUUAGCAGCUAGAGUGUGGAGCUGGCCUGUGGGAGUCAAGUAUUGGUGGUGUGACCUGUUCAUGCAGGGGAAACUUGAACAUUCACAGGUGCACCAGAGGCUCUCUUCCUGGCAGAAUUUGAGAGUUGUUUAUUGCAGUACUGUUGUGCCCUCUGAUGAUGUGACAGUGGUUUAUCAAAAUGGUUUACCUGUGAUAUCUGUGAGGCUACCAUCCCGGCGUGAACGCUGCCAGUUCACGCUCAAACCCAUCUCCGACUCUGUUGGUGUAUUUUUACGACAACUGCAAGAAGAGGAUCGGGGAAUUGAUCGAGUUGCAAUCUAUUCACCAGAUGGUGUUCGAGUUGCUGCCUCGACUGGGAUAGAUCUCCUCCUCCUCGAUGACUUCAAGUUGGUCAUUAAUGACUUAACGUAUCAUGUACGGCCACCAAAGAGAGACCUCUUAAGCCAUGAAAAUGCAGCAACGCUGAACGACGUGAAGACGCUAGUCCAGCAGCUCUACACUACACUGUGCAUCGAACAGCACCAGUUAAACAAAGAAAGGGAGCUCAUCGAGAGAUUAGAGGAUCUCAAACAGCAGCUGGCUCCCCUGGAAAAGGUACGAAUCGAAAUUAGCCGAAAAGCUGAGAAGAGGACCACUUUGGUGCUAUGGGGUGGCCUUGCUUACAUGGCCACACAGUUUGGCAUUUUGGCCCGACUCACCUGGUGGGAAUAUUCCUGGGACAUCAUGGAGCCAGUCACCUACUUCAUCACUUACGGAAGUGCCAUGGCCAUGUAUGCGUAUUUUGUAAUGACGCGCCAGGAGUAUGUUUAUCCAGAAGCCAGAGACAGACAAUACUUACUAUUUUUCCAUAAAGGAGCCAAAAAGUCACGUUUUGACUUAGAGAAAUACAAUCAACUCAAGGAUGCAAUUGCUCAGGCAGAAAUGGAUCUUAAGAGACUGAGAGACCCAUUGCAAGUACAUCUGCCCCUCCGACAAAUUGGUGAAAAAGAUUGAUCUGCAAAGAGCCUGUGAAUCCUGACAAAAAGAACACCUGUUUAUAACUCUUGCCUUUUUACUUAAAGCAUUGCAGGUGGAAGCUGGGAGCCAUGUGGGGGUAGAGGGUUUUUACCUUUAAUUAUAAAACAACAAAAAAAAAGAUUUUAGGGAAGAAAGGAAUGUUAAAAUCUGAGGAUCAGGGAUCAUGGGAUAUAAGCUCAAAGGGCUCAGUGAAUAUUGUCUUAAUCAGUCUCAUACUUUGGAUGAAAUGAUGCAGUUAUGUAGUUGAGAGAUUCAUAAAGAGAAAAUGAUGCUGGGGUGUUUGUUUCUUGCAUCUUUUUUUGCAGGGUAAGCAAAACAGUAACACACCAGCACCCCACUCAGCUCUAUUUUUUUUUUUAAUUUAACAUUUCUUAUUUUUGACAUAAGAAUAAAUAAAUAUACCAGAAAAGCAAAUCCUCAUGAUAUGUGGGUGGCAAACAGAGUCUGAGCCCAUAUCAUUAGCAUUUAUCUUAAAUUGGACCCAGUCUCUGCAAAGUUACCGGGAAUCUCUCCCUCCUAGACCCCUUUUCUGACCACUGCCUGUACCUAUUGGUUACACUAAUUUAUCCAAAUGAUUAUCAGAGCAAAGCUAUGACUGUUUGAUAAUUGACACUCUUUGGGGUUUUUUGGUUUUUGGUUUUUGGUUUUGUUUUUGUUUUGGGGGGGGUUGGUUUUUUGA